AUGUUUGUAAUCCAGUCAUACUCCAUGAGAGUAUCCAUAACACAAGCCUCGUACCUCAACAUGGAACUAGAUGGUGCUAUGAAAUUCCAGGUCUUCUUUUUACCAGCUAUUGUUGCACUUGCAUUGGCGGAAAAGGAUAAGGAUAACAAGGAUAUAUCAAAAGAUAAAGUCAAGGAUGUGAAGCCUAUUGAAAGUAUACUAAUACAGGACAGACCUUUAGUGAAUCAACCUGUGUAUGAUGUACCUAUCGAGGAUGACGUAGGGAAGCUAUCCCUUAUGAAUUGGGAAUCAGCCUAUGAUACUAGUCCUAUUGAUGUCCUUCGGAGGCUAAGAGUUGGUGCAAUGCCCUAUAUUUACAACAGAGGUGUAUACCCUGGAUAUUUAAAUUAUCCCCAAAUCUAUCCAUACGGACGCUAUGGACGCUACGGACCUCAGCAAUUCUACAAUAACUUCGGAUAUUAUCCCAUAGCU